AUGACCGGAUAUACAGAAAGCGACGACCGGAAUCAGUUUUCAGUGGUAUCUCAAUCCCCGAAAUCGCCAGCCAAAUUAAUCACCAGAAUAAAUUUCCUGGAUAUUAUCAAGAGAAAGAAAUCAUCCAAGAACGGUUAUCCUGGCAUGCACUCUCAUUCAAUGGAGGUAGAAUACUCACCGUCGACCUCGACCUUUGCCCCUUUCUUUGAGUCUCGUGGUCUGAGCGCUGCCAUAGACAAGACUUACAAUGCAAUGCUUCAGAGCAAAGUCACCAACUCUCGAUUGCACAGCAAGACUUCCCUUCAGGCGCGCAUCUACAACUUCCUAGAGCGGCCGACGGGAUGGAAAUGUUUCAUCUACCACUUCACCGUCUUCAUGAUGGUCCUCGUCUGCCUUAUAUUCAGCGUGUUGUCAACCAUAGACCAGUAUACAGACUUUGCCAUGGAAACCUUGUUUUGGAUGGAAAUAUUUUUAGUAUGUUUUUUUGGCCUCGAGUAUGUAAUUCGUCUCUGGUCAGCAGGCUGCCGUAGUAAAUACAUGGGCAUACGGGGUCGUAUACGAUUUGCCAGAAAGCCUAUCUCCAUCAUAGAUCUAAUUGUUGUUGUAGCUUCCAUAUGCGUGUUCACCAUUGGGUCAGAGGGACAGGUGUUUGCCACAUCAGCCAUCAGGGGCGUCCGUUUCCUGCAGAUUCUGCGCAUGUUACACGUGGACAGACAGGGCGGUACGUGGAGGCUGCUUGGAUCAGUGAUAUACCUCCAUCGACAGGAAUUGAUUACAACGCUGUACAUAGGAUUUCUUGGUCUGAUAUUUUCCUCUUACUUUGACUUCUCCAGCUAUGCAGAUGCCUUGUGGUGGGGUGUGAUAACAGUAAUGACCAUUGGUUACGGGGACAAAGUACCUCAGACAUGGAUGGGUAAAAUAGUUGCCUCAUGCUUUGCAGUUUUUGCCAUCUCAUUCUUUGCCUUACCCGCCGGAAUCCUUGGAUCUGGCUUUGCUCUGAAAGUUCAACAAAAGCAGAGACAGAAACAUUUUAACAGGCAGAUUCCAGCAGCUGCAACACUGAUACAGUGCUUGUGGCGCUGUCAUGCUGCCGAACCACAUUCCAAAUCCGAAGCAACUUGGAAGAUCCACAUACACGAUCCAUCCAAUGAGGAAACCGUGUUUGCUCGCAUGGCUAGAAGGGCUAGCCUAUCUCUUCGCAAACGCAGAUUAUCCAGACUGGAUUCCACCAGCACUGUACCAAAUCAUCUUUACAGAGAAUCUGUAUCUUCAUCUGUUUCAUACGCAGAUGAAAAAUUAGGCUACAUGACGCCAAAGUCCAACCGCAAGGACAGCCACAGAACCAGUGUCUCUGGGGACAACAACGCCAAUGAGGAGACAGAUUAUGAUGAUGAAACAGAAAAGGUGCAGCUACUGACAGAAGCUCAUAAAACAGCUAUAAGAGUAAUUAGGAAAAUCAAAUACUUUGUAGCCAGGAGAAAGUUUCAG